AUGAGCCGGCGCCCCGCUCAGAGACCCCGGCACUCACAGGCUUCCUCUCUCCAGGAGCUGUUCCACGGGGACCCCAAGGCUGCCCACUUCCGAGAGGGCCAAGGCCCCCUGGAGGUGCUUCUGCCCCCGGAGAAGGCUGAGGGCCGUGAGGGGCCCGGACAACUCUUUGCUGACGAUGGGGAGCGUGUGACUGGCCGUGACAGCACCCGCGGGCCCGGCAGGAAGUACCUGCACAUCGAUGAGCUGCAAUGUGACGUCUCGGUGGAAGAGGACAACCGCCAGGAGUGGACCUUCACCCUCUAUGACUUCGACAACAGCGGGAAAGUGACCCGUGAGGACAUGUCCAGCCUGAUGCACACCAUUUAUGAGGUCGUGGGAGCCUCGGUCAACCACUCCACCGGCAGCAGUAAGACCCUCCGUGUGAAGCUGACCGUCAGCCCUGACCCCUCCAGCAAGCGGAGAGACGGUCCGGCGUCUGGCCAGGACCGGGACACCUCGCGCCUCAGGACGGAGGGGGACCAUGCCGAGGAUGCCCGCGUGGUGGACCGGAGGCUGUCCUCCCACGCCAGGCUCGUCCGUCCUGGCCGGAGGCCUGCAGAUGCGGCCCCCUGCCCCGUGCGGGGACCUUACUGUGUGGACGAGAACACGGAGCGCAGGAAUCACUACCUGGACUUGGCUGGCAUCGAGAACUACACCUCCAAGUUUGGACCCGGGUCUCCACCAGCACGGCCGAAGCAGGAGCACCCCAGCAAGGGCUCGCACCCGCAGGCCCGGUCCCGCUCUCAGGAGUCGGAUGCCCACAUGGGCCACCAUCGCCGCUCCCAGGUGCUGGCUGAGCCUGCCGAGCUUGCUGCGCGGGCCCUGGACGCCCCGCCGCGACUGAAGCUGCCGGAGAAGCAGUUCCUGAAGUCUCCCAAGGGUGCAGGAAAGCCGCCCAUGGGUCUAGGGGGUGGCAGGCCUGUCAAGGCCCUUAGCCACCAUCUGCCAGCACCGCCCCAGGGCCCUCAGGAUGGGUACCACCUCCCCCUGCAGCCCCCACCACCACCACCGCAGCCCUACGGCCAUAAGAGGUCCCGCCAGAAGAACAGGGAGGGCUACUCACCACUCAAGGCUGCGUACACCCCACCUGGCAUGGUGGAGCAUGAGGUAGUGCGGGACCUACCGCCCAUGCUGGCAGGAGAGGGCUUUGCAGUGCCCGUGGUGCAGAGGCAUGAACACCACCACCACCACGAACACCACCAUCACCACCACUACCACCACUACCACCCAUCCUGAGCAGCCACGGCCACCACCACCACCACCUGUACCCUCACCUCCACCUCCACCUGUCCUGAGUGACAGUGGUCACCACCUCCUCCACUUCCUCCACCUCCACCUCCUCUAACACCACCUCCACUACCACCACCUCUACCUCCACCACUGACCUCUCCACCCCCACCUUUACCACCCCCACCCAUCCUGAGUGGCAACGGCCACCACCACCUUCACCUCCACCCCUCCUGAGUGGCCACCGCUACUCACUGCCGUCACCACUACCACAAACACGACCGCCUCCACUAGCACCCCGCCCGCCCGUCCUGAGCAGCUAGCACAUGACUGCCACUCCCCCAUCCCGGGCAUCACCACCACCACCACUCACCAUGAGCACCGCACCAGCACGGCCAUCCGCACUACAACCACAACCACCAGCACUGCAUAGCCUCAUGGAGCCUCCACCACCCAUCCUGAGCAGCUACCUCCACCUCCCUCCCCCAGCAUUACCACCGCCAUUACCGUCAUCAUCACCACUGCCACCACCACUACCUCCACCGCCACUGUUCUCACCGCCCGAGUGUCUGCCAUCACCAUCACCUGUCCUCAUGGCCGCCACCACCCUCAGGCCACCACUGCUAGCAUCUCCCCAUCGGCACCAGCACCACUACUAUCACCACUAUCACCACCACCACUACCUCCACCACCACCACCACUUGCACUGCACCCACUCCUCCACCACCAGCCAGCCCCUCAUGGAACACCUCCAGCACCCUGCUGUCACUGCCACCACCAGCACCCCCCCUGAGUGCAGCUGCAGGCCCCUCAGCACCCCUCGUCCUCUGUCCUCCUCCCCGGGACUCCUUUCCCCACACCAUCGGUAGACCCGUGUCGACGUUCUGUAACAAAGCUCUGUGUGUCCCCUGAGAUCCGAGUGUGAGCCUGGAGGCCCACACACUGCCCCGCUGUGGCAGAGGGCCCCUGCUGGGUGUUCCCUCUGGGCUCAGCUCCUGCCUCUUUGACCUGACACAGUGCCAGUGUGACACCUAGGAGCACAUGCCUGCCACCUCAGGUUGAGCAUCAGCAUGACAGCACCCACAAACUCACAGAACGUGGUGUGGUAGCAGCUCCUGGGCAUGGGGAGGAUGCGAGUGCCCAGGAGCAGGUCCCCGUCAGUCAGUGGUCAGCAGGGGCUGGCUGCAGGGAGGUGGGCACCACUGUGCUUACACUGUCGUGGAUGCUUACCAGCCAUGGCCCCUGGGAGGGCAGGCAGUGGUCCUCUUGAAGCUGACAAACAGCUGGCAUGAGCAGGCCUCCCCCUAGAUGGUAGAGGGAAGGGGAGGGGGUCCGGGCCAGGGCCAUACCACCUGGCCACCAGCAGAAGUGUGUUGCCUCCUGUCACCUAUGAGGGGCUGGAGAGGCCGCCGCCAAGGGGAGCGAGCACCCCGGAGGUCAGGCCGAGUCCGGGAGCCACAGGCUCUGCCCCUGCUGGCUUUGUUGUUAAGGACGGAACAAAUUGACGUGCAGCCUUCUAUUGCGAUGUUCCCCCACCUAAUAAAGUCUGUGUGUUUUGUA